AUCUUAUCAGAUCAUAUGAUUAAAUCUGAGUGGGGAUGUACCAUCGCGAUUUUCGCCAAGUUCUCCCAAGACCAACCCUUCCAUGUUUUCUCUUUCUCGUGUUCGGCAUUAACGGAUGUCACCAAGAAAAAUGGCCUCCGAUGUUCGGCCGCACCCCUGGCCACCAAGGUAAACGCAUUUACUGGCCAACUCGGGCCAACAUCUGACUCUGCUGCGAGCUGAUGCCCAUCUCCUCGGCCUUUACCCCUCGCUACGCUUCUCCAACCCUAUUGAUCCGGUGAGCGCACCACUACAGGAAUCCGCUUCCAUACACCCUUCCCGCCAUCCCCUUUUCGUUCAUGCCACCAUCCCGGCCAUGCAUUCCACAUACGAUGUAGACCUAGUGGGGCUGCAUAGUUCGGGGCCGUUCAUGUACCUGAUUCCUCAGAACCUAUCGGGAUGUAGGCGCUUACAGCUUCCCGGUAAGGGAGAAUCGAGUCCAGUUGAGCAAUCGAGGUCCGCAUUUCCCGGUUUGCUCCUACUAUGCUGUCUUGGCUUCCUACAUAAGGCACGGCAGCCACUUUCUUGUUUCCAUUCACUAUUCUUCAAGCCACGGGUUGCCUCCUCCUCUACACUCGCUUGAGUCGUAUUCAAUACAGUCUGCCCGUGCUCGAGUGUAUUUCUUCGGCGAUUCUCUCUCUCCGCCUACAGCAGUACAUCAACAAGCCAAGAUGGUCUCCAUGCGCUUUUUCGUUGGUGCCGUCCUGGCUGCUGCUAGUGUCUCGGCUGUUACCAUCGAGGACCCUCUCGAGAUGGCGUCUCGCCUCCUGAAGCGACAGGAGCCCGGGAGCCCGGCAUAUAACUGUCACGACACCUGCGGCCAGGCACUCCGCCAAGGCCGCUUCAGCGGCGACGCGCGCUGCUCCAACGACGUGUUCAAGACAAACUACGGGAACUGCCUCAAGUGCGCCGGCCCGGAAAAUGUCAACAUCUGGUCUAUGUACGGGAGGGGCCUCGAAGCCUUCGGGCGCGGCUGCGGCCUCUCCACUACCCCGGCCUCGGGCAAACAGGACCCGGUCCCGCCCGCUAUCCCCGCCGUCGGCCCUGCCGGCUCGGCGCAGUCCUCGACUCCCGCGCCCACCACCGCCCCGGCCACUUCAACCCGCCCCCCAGCACCGUCGGGGAGCGUCAGAUCUACCUCAUCCAGCUCUGGAGGAAACUCAUCCACCGCCGCCGCCACUUCCACUUCCCGGCCUUCUUCCCCGCCCGUCCCAGCCGGCGCCGCAGACUUUUUGCCUAAUGCCGGGAUGGCUGCUCUCGUCUAUGCUGCCGUAUUUGCCGCAGCCCAUAUGCUUUGAGUGUUUGGUUCGACGCAGAGAAAACAGGGGGUCGAUAGGGAAAUAAUGGCAUUAAUCUGGCGAGAAGGAGCGACGAGGAUUAUUUGUACAAAAUAAAAUGCACUAUCCAGCGCCAGAUCAUUUCAAUCCGUCGCGCGCGCGCGCGCAGCAAAAUAGAACAUCCGCCGCAAGGGAGAAAUCCAGCCAGCCAAGUGUUGAAAUCGGGCGAUUGAAAGCAG